CCAUCACUCAAUGUUGCUCCUCGUUUUGGAAGCUCAUAAAUACUUCGAGCUGCAACGAUGACUUCAUUUUGAUCUUGGCUGUUCAUCUUACCUCUACCACCGCACGAACAUGGCUCCCACCGGGUUGUUGGACUCGUUCCUCGCCGCCAUCCAGGCCAGUCUCUCUGUACUUCUGGUCAUUUUCUAUGGCGGUAUCGCGGCCCAUCUCAAACUACUCACGCCGGCCAACACCAAGGCCAUCUCCAAAGUAUGCGUGCGCAUGUUUCUGCCCGCUUUGCUGGUCACCAGCAUCGGCUCUGAAUUGCACGCUGGCUCCGCAAAACGCUAUGGCAUCAUCCUCAUCUGGGCCAUCAUCUGCCACUUGAUAUCGUUCUUGAUCGGUGUUGCGGCCCACCUGUGGAUGGGCAUGCCCGACUGGACCACCGUUGCGCUCAUGUUCAACAACACGACGAGUUACCCGCUGCUACUCAUUGCGGCUCUGCAACAAACCGGCAUUUUACAGUCGCUGAUCGUGUCGGACGAGAGCACUGCUAAGGCGGUGGAACGCGCAAAGUCGUAUUUCCUUGUCUUCGCCACGAUCUCCAGUUGUCUGACCUUCGCCGUUGGACCGCGAUUGAUCGACACUGAGCACCCGCCGGAGCAUGACAAGGAGGCUCCCGAAGUGAAUGGGCAUGGUGAUCUGGAAGCUGGCGCUGGUGCUUACGACGCCGACCCUGACGACGACGACGAGGAAGUUGAUCCGCUCGAUCCUCAUGGAGCCACUGAGCAGACAGGCCUGCUGAACUCUAGACCUUCAGUCUCGUUUGCGUCCAACACGUUUCUGGUUUCGAAGCGCAGACCGUCUGUUGCGGCAACGCCUUCGCAGGAGAUGAAGCGCCGUCCGUCUGUGGUGCCGAAGAGGCAUUGGGUCAAGCUUGGGCCCAGGGCGAAAUGGUGGCUACUCUUCAUCGCGGACUUUUUCAAUGCGCCAUUGCUGGGUGCUAUCCUCGGCGCCAUCAUCGGACUGAUUCGACCUCUCCAUCGGUCAUUCUUCAACGAUACCUAUCAAGGUGGUAUCUUUACUGCAUGGCUGACUUCAUCCUGGCAAAGCAUCGGUGGCUUAUUUGUCCCUUUGCCGGUGGUCGUCGCGGGGGUUUCAUUGUAUACUGCCAUGCGGGAUGCCAGGAGGAAUAGUGCCACGACCCGAGCGAAUACGAAACUGCCGUGGAUCACGGUGGCUUUCAUCAUGGUUAUACGAUUUGUGAUUUGGCCAGUCGCAUCGAUUGCGCUUAUCUACGCACUUGCAACGCGGACGAGUAUCCUUGGGGAGGAUCCUAUGUUGUGGUUUGCGAUGAUGUUGAUGCCGACUGGACCCCCAGCGAUGAAAUUGAUCACGCUUAUCCAAGUUAGUGAUGCGGACGAGGCCGAGGAGAGGAACAUUUCGAAGCUGCUUACGUUGUCGUAUGCUAUAUCGCCGAUCCUCUCGUUCACUGUUGUUGGUGCGCUAAGAGCCAGCCAAGCUGCUAUUUGAUGAGCAAGAGAUCACAGCUCACCAUGCGGCGACCUUGCUUUUCAUAUCAAGAAGGAGUUUCAGCUGGGACAGCCGUCCGAUUGCUUUAUAUUACCAGACACCACAGGACCCUGAUGUGCGUGAGAGUUCAGCCUUGUCGAGUUUUGGCUCAUCGGCCAAGCUCAACGCUAAGGACAAGCUUAAACCCAACCAAAGAGUUUACAAGAGUUUACAAGAG